AUGCGGCUUAGCCAGUAUGACAUACAAUUUCGGACCCGCCCAGCCAUCAAGGGGCAGGCACUAGCCGACUUCAUAGUCGAGUGCACUGCCCGGGAAGCCACCGAGCAGGCCCGAGAUGAAGACGAGGAGUGGUGGACUCUGUCCACAGACGGAGCUUCGGGACCAAAAGGCUGCGGAGGUGGGGUCGUCCUCAUCACACCCGAAGGGUUCAGAGCCUACUACGCCCUUCGUUUUGCCUUCAAGCUGUCCAACAACGAAGCCGAGUACGAGGCGCUCCUCGGAGGGCUCCGACUAGCACUAAACAUGAGGGUCGAGAAGCUCAAGAUCCGAUGUGACUCUAGACUAGUAGUGGGCCAAGUCACAGGAGAGUUCGAGGUAAGUGACGAGAGGAUGAGGAGGUACCGGGAUGUGGUGCUCCAGCUCCUGGGCCAGCUAAUAAACUAUGAAGUCCUACAGGUACCCCGAGUCCAAAACACGGAUGCCGACAUGUUGUCCAAGCUCAGCCAGGGGGCCCCGGAGCACAUCUCAAAAAUUGCCCGAGUCGAAGACUUCGAGAGGUCGAGUCUGGAAUUCUACCCAGUCCUACCCAUACAUAGCCAACCCCCCCCCCCCCCCUGUUGGUUGGACCACCUCAAGGAGUACAAACAGACAGGUACGCUACCUCCUGAUGAAGUUGAUGCCAAGCUAGUGAAGUGGCGUGCCCCCACAUAUGUCAUCAUGGGGGACACGCUUUAUAAGAGGUCGUACAACGGCGCCCUACUCCGCUAUUUGUACCCGGACGAAGCCAGGUCGGUCAUGGAAGAAAUCCACGAAGGGACCUGCUCCGCCCACCAGGGCGCCUUCACCAUGGCCCGUCGAGCCAUCCUGCAGGGGUACUUUUGGCCGAGAAUGGCCAAAGAGUGUGCCGACUACGUAAGGAGUUGCGAGACAUGCCAGCACUUUCAGGUCGGCCCCGGCCGACCCGCCACGAACUACACACCGAUCAGCUCGGUCAUCCCCUUCUCCAGGUGGGGGGUGGACAUAGUAGGGGCCCUGCCUAUGGGGUCGGGCAAAAGAAAGUACCUCAUAGUGGUUGUCGACUACUUUACCAAAUGGGUAGAGGCGAAGCCGCUGGCAAGCAUCACAAGUGCCCGGUGCAAACAGUUUGUCUACCAAGACAUUCUAUGUCGAUUUGGGGUCCCGAUACAACUCAUCACUGACAACGGGCGCCAAUUCGAAGGGCAAGAGUUCGAGGCAUUUUGCGCCGAGUGGCGCAUCAACCAUAGCCGAGUCGCCGUUUGCUAUCCACAAGCCAAUGGGCAAGUGGAGAACGCCAACCGCACCAUAGUAAACGGUUUGAAGAAGAAACUUGAAUCCGCAGGAGGAGCAUGGGUGGAGGAGCUCGAUGCCAUCCUAUGGGCCUACCGCACCACCCCCAGAAGGGCCACCGGGGAGACACCGUUUUCGUUAGCUUACGGCUUUGAAGCCCGAGCCCCCGCGGAGGCGGUCAUACCUUCCCGGCGAGAAGAAAGAAUAUGA